GAGAAUUGGAGUUUUCGAGUUGGGUUGAUUUCUAUCACUUUAUGGUUGGAUUGUUUCAGUUUUUUGAUAGUCUUGGCAAAAAUUUAUGUGUUUAGAGUAAUUAUUCCACCUUAAAAUCCUCUGCUCUAACAUGGGUUUUGUUGGGUUUUGGAAUUCUUGAUUGAUUUUGGUCUUAAUUUUCAUAAAACGCCUCACCAAAGUUGCUACCUGUUAUUUUGGUUAUCAUAUAUUGGGAUUUGCAAUGCCAUUCAAAUUAUGUUUAGGCCAAAUUUUGAUUAAGGAAGGAUUUUGUGGGGUGGUUGCCCACAAAUUAUGUUUAGGCCAAAGAAUAAAGUUAGAAGAACUGCGGGUUUGCUUUCAAUUAGUUUCCUUCUAUUGAGUACAUACGCCUUGCUAAUAUACUUGGAUUGAUUCGAAAGUUAUUAUCUUUGCUUGGGUUGUUUUAUACAACAACAAUUCCCCCUACCUUUUGAUUGAUAUUUUCAUGUCUUUUACUUGGAGCAAAUUAAACGAAGGAAAACGACAACAUCUUUCACGAGUUACUUUCAAGACAGAGAGCAGAACUGAAGGUGACUGUCUUUCAGGCACAUGGAUCAGAGGAUCUCAACAGAUGUAGUGAACCAUAGAAAUGGUGACUAUGCUCCCAUCGGUGAUCAAGAGGACCCGAAAUUGGGAAUGUUUGACAAACGCCUUCCUUGCUUUGGCUGUGGAAUUGGAUGGUUUUCCCUUCUGCUUGGAUUUGUAUUUCCAGUGAUGUGGUACUAUGCUGCAUUUCUUUACUUUGCGAAGCAUUAUCAGAAAGACCCAAGGGAACGAAUUGGACUUGAAGCAUCGGCAGUAGCAGCUUUGAUAUGUACAGUGGCAGUGCUAAUAACGAUUGCUGUCUUUGUUAUCAAGGCUUUGUUUCACUAGCUUAUGCAGGCUUCAUAGAAAAAUCCCUAUGUCGGCGAUGGUUAGCUCAAGCGUUGUUCCUGUAAUCACAUCUGACACAAGAAAGGAAAAUGUUGGCACCACGGUAUGUCUGCCUCCUGAUACCUGAAACAGUUUGAGAUUUCUCUGUAACAGUGUGCAAAAUAGAUACUGUGUAUAUAGCAGAAAAUCUGUGUACAGAAAACAUUGUAGAAAGGUAGCACGUUUACAAAUUACACGCAAAUUAUCAUCUUGCAUGCAUCGGUGAAUCAACUCAAGAUCAAAUGCUAGAGGAUGCAAUCAGGUUUGAUCCAUGUUUAAGAACUAGCUAGUUAGAAGCACACUCUAUUCUAGGGGCUUAUGAAAUAUUACAAGGGCAGACGAGACUUGUAUAUCAGUACAUAUAGAGAAGGGGCGGUCUGCCUCUUGGUACGCGCUAUUACUAUGAUAUCCUUCUGUGUGUUGGAGCA